AUGAAGGCCGCCUACUUUAUCCUGCCGCUGUUUGCGGCUCUUACUUCGGCACGUGCAGUUGACCAUGUUGCCAGAUCCGAGCAUUCCGUCAGUCAAUGUGCCGACUUGUUGGCGACCUGCCUUACAGAGGUUUCCAGCUCCGGCCAGUCCAACCCAGAAUGUGCGGAGUAUGAGAAGCAAUGUGGUGACCAGUCCCUCCGCCAAUCCCCUGUCAAGGCCCGUGAUGCUCCUGCUCCUCCCUCUCAGCCUCCUAAGGGUGGUGACCCUCAGAAACCCCCUAAGGUCCCAGAGUUCGGGGUGUUCGCAGCCUCCAUUAAGGGUGUCGUGGAUGCCCAUGCUGGUGGUAAAGUUGAUGCCCAUGACCUGGCAAAGCAGCUCCACGACGCACUCUCAAAGGGAAACUGCAGCCUCACUGUCGCCAUCCAGAUCAUCAUCAAGGCCUGCGGAAAUGGCGGCGCCGGUAUCAAUCUUGCGGCCCUCAUCAAUGCCAUCUUAAAGUGUGUCUGUGAUCUUUUUGGCGUGUUUGACGGUAUCCUCGUACAUGGCGCUGCCAGUAUUGGUGGCAUUGCCCAAAUCAUCUGCAAAGUCCUCGGCGGCGUCGCCCAUGUCGGUCUCGACAUCGCAGGAUUCAUUGUAAAGAUCUCUGGAAUGUUCGCCCACGGUCGCUUCGAUCUUGGAGAACUACUGAACGCUGUCAUUACCACCCUCAACGAUGCUGGAGUCCACCCCCGCCAUAUCGGUGAGGUCAGCAACGAGCUCAUGCUGCUGUCCGAGAGAUCCAGCAUUGCCGCCCGUGACGAAAUGGUCCAUGCCCGCAGUCUGUUGGACAUCCCCAAGCUGAUUGCCGCAAUUGUUCAAUGUUUCCCGAAGGGUCAGAAGCCCGACUGGGGAAAGGCUUUUGGGCUUAUCCUUCAAGUUGUUAAGGAGCUUGCCGUUGGUAUCGGCAAAUUCUUCAUCCCCGGCCUCGGUGCUAUCGCUGGCCGUGAUGAAGAUGAAAUUAGAGUUGCUGCCAGAGGCAUCGCCAUUGGCCGUGGUCUCAAACUUGGUCAAGGCGCCGACUGGCCCAAGUUCGCUGAGCAGGUCAUCGAUCUAAUUAUGAACUUCAGCAUCGGCAAGCUCAUCAAAGUCGUCAUCGCCUUCUUCACCAACCUCUUCAAGCCAAAGAAGGCCUAA